AUUCAAUUUUCCCCCUCUCUUCCCAUGAGUCUCACCCAUUUUCUAUUCGUUUUUGUUUCCUUUUCGAUUGCAUUUUCUGAUGAUUGUGAUGGACAUUACGAUCUGGAGUACGGAUGCAAUAAACUUUCGUUGGAUUUGAUUCGAGACUGGAUUUCGAAUAAGCCGUUGCCCUCAGUCAAAGCAGCGCAGUCCCUGUAUUCAGAUUGCAGGAGAGCGUUGAGCUGUACAAAAUCUCUAAACUGCGACAAAAAAGACAACGAAAUUUCGAAGAAAAUCACGGAUCUGGACGAACUUUGUAAUGGAAUUGGCGCAUUUGGAUCAUGGUUUGGAUAUUGUAUUCCAAAGAUUCAAAAUGCCAUCACAUUAAUGGAGUGGCCGUGCUUAAGCCAUUGGAAUAAUGCGGCACAACUUCCAACAUGCGAGUAUUUCGAGGCUGACAAUGAAUGCAAGACAAUGCCAAUAGAAAAUAUAUGCGGCCCCCGUGCCGUCAAAGAAAUGCUGGAUAAUGAGAAUUUUAUUCGUGAAUAUUUUGGAUGCAACAGGAUCUACAAGCCUUCAAAUAAUUCUAGUAAUAGCUUGAAAAUCAAAAUUUCAGGUAAUCCUAAUUCGAAAUGAAGAUGUUUGAAGAAUGAAGGCAAUUUUGAAACUUUUAUAUAA